AUCCCUCUGUGGCUGGGCAGCGCUGGCAGCCAGGCUGGGCUGGAGGGGAGCAGUGGCAGCACACCCCCCGGGCAGCACAGACCGGCUUUGUGCUAGCAGCAAUGGGCCAUCCGAGCCCCUUCCCUGCCGCCUCGCUUUUUUUUUGCAGCCACCAGCAGUUUCAACAAUAGCCAGAGGCCGUGUGAAGGGAGCGCGUGAGUGGCGAGCCCGGCUGCACAGCCCCGAGGGACGUGGGCACAGAGCCUCCUUGUCCCUCAGACUUUUUGGGAGCUUCUGUAUGGCAGCUGUUGGCAUGCCGAUGCUGAGUACCUCCUCAGCUCCAGGACAGUGGGGCUACCCAGCUGGCCCCAUGCAUCAUCCUCCCAGGGCUUGGCUUCACCCCACGGUGCAAGAGCUGAGCUGCCGUGGGCUCCAGGCGCCUGCGCUCCUCGGCCAGGGCUGCGCCAUGGGCAUGGCAAGGGGAACGCUCUCCUGGGGCUGGCUCCCCCCAGCCACCACAGCAGUAAUCGGCUUGGGCACGUGACUCCUGCUCACUGAUUGUGAGAUUAGACCAAACUGGAUUGAACAGCCCGCCUGGCAGCUGGCCUCGCCACCCAGGGCUGGGGCUGGCACAGCCCCGAGGGGUGCAGCAUCGUGGUACCCACCACUGGGCAGGGAUGUGACGCAGACAUCACUGUGUUGAGGUGCUCCAGGGCCCCCCAAAUGGCUCAGUGCUGGGCUGGGAGGCACUGAUGCCACUGUCGCGGGGACCUGUGGCACCAGGCUGCAGGGACAGGGCAUGUCAUCCACUUCUCUCUAGCAAAAGGCAGUCUCAGCCUGUACCCGAGCCCAUCCCUCUGCCUUUGCAGCGGGAGGUAAAAUGCAGUUGGCCUGACAUUUGGAAAGUGAGGGAGGGUGUGCUGCCCCGCUCCCGGCUGGGACACCCACGACUCCAGGGUGCCCAGCCCUCCCCGCCAGCUGGCACGGUGGGUGCGCAUCCUGCCCUCCCCUCCCGGGCCUCCUUCCCAAAGGCGGGCAGGAGCCCUGCGCCUCCCCUCGUGACUGCGAUAAACAUUACACGGAGGCCGUUAAUGUUUAAUGAGGUUUGUCCCCCAAUUAACGUGCUUUCCCGUGGGUGCCUGCUGCCAGAGCGAGGUGCCUGCUGGACGACACACCAACACGAUGGGUGAUGAGCAAGCACCUGAGCAGAGCCCAGACAGGUUCAGCUAUGACUAUGAGACCAUCCGCAAUGGGGGGCUGAUCUUCGCCGUCGUGGCUUUUGUUGUCGGGCUCCUCAUCAUCCUCAGCCGGCGGUUCCACUGUGGCAGGAAGAAGAGGAGACAAGGAAACGAGGAAGACCUGUAGCUGCAGAGCUGACAUGCCGCCACGGAAGCAAACCUCCAUCCGAAGCAGAGAAGCCCUUGCCAAAGGCCACCCCUCACCCCGCUCCAGUGGAUCCGUUACCCUGCUCACCCCAGGCAAAGCCGGAACGCAAAUUGCCCUUGUGCUUUCCCCUCUGUUAGAUUCAGCAAAAGUUUCUUGGCUAAUAAAGUUCAAGCUGAGAGAGGUUAAA